AUGCCGCAACUCCUCAAGCUUGCUUCCGCUCAAGCCCGCACCCUCGAAACUACGCAAGAAACCCUCCGCGCCCUUGAAGCCACUACAAAACGCGCCGCAGCUGAGAGUGUCGACAUCAUCCUAUUCCCAGAAGCCUACCUUGGAGGCUACCCACGCACCUGCGACUUCGGGGCCGCUGUCGGCGCACGCACGCCAGAAGGCCGCGAGCAGUUUCUGGCAUACUUCCACGAUGCUGUAGAUCUUGGAGACACACCAACUGGCGCAGGUCAAGACUGGGUAGAGAGGAAGCUUGAGCUACCUUGUGGCAAGAAGUACAGAGGCGAUGGUGUCAGAGAAGAGCUUGAGCGCAUUGCGCGCGAGACAGGCGUCUUUGUAGUUACUGGACUCGUCGAGCGAUGCGCAGGCACACUGUACUGUGGAGCUGUCUUCGUAUGCCCCAAGCUUGGUAUUUUGGGCAAGAGACGUAAGGUCAUGCCUACUGGCUCUGAGCGCUUAGUCUGGGGCCAAGGUUCAGCAUCCACAUUGCGCGCCGUCACAACGGAGAUCAAGGGCGUCAAGCUGUGCAUCGGGUCGGCUAUUUGCUGGGAGAACUACAUGCCUCUCCUGCGACAGAGUCUGUACAGCCAGAACGUCAACCUCUGGUUUGCGCCCACAGCAGACGCUAGAGAUACCUGGGAGUCACUGGUCCGCACAAUCGGCUGCGAAGGACGUUGUUUCGUCGUGAGCGCAAACCAAUGCGUCAAGAGGAAGCAUCUCCCAAGCUGGAUCAAGAGCGGCAAGACAACUCAGCACAGCAACAGCGCGCCAGCACAACCCGAGGCCCCCAAGACAGGAGGCGGACGAAGGAAGAGCACAAUCGUCUUCACAGAAGAGAAGAACGAGAUCUGCCUUCCCCUACACGACAGCAACAGCGAACACCAAACCAACGGCGACUCCUCAGCUACCGACUCCGGCUCCUCGCCUCUCCAUAACGAAGUUGAGCAGCCGCUUAGCCCUAAGCAAACCGCUACCAACCAAGUCGCGCCCUCCUCGCCUGACGACGAAGACUAUGUCUCAAGAGGUGGGUCAUGCAUCGUUUCGCCGCUGGGCGAAGUAAUUGCUGGGCCUGUUUGGGAGAAGGAAGAUGAACUACUGGUUACUGAAGUAGACUUUGAAGACUGUGAGAGGGGCAGAUUGGACUUUGAUUCUGCAGGGAGUUACUCAAGAUCAGAUAGCUUCAAGCUGUCAGUCGAGGGACUGGAUCUCAAUCCGCCGCCGCAGUAA